GGUGCAGCGGCCUAUCCUCCGUUCGACUGAUACAACGCCCCUGAACGCGGGCGUGAUGAUUACCCCUGAUGCAUUCAUGGGGGGAUUGCAUGAGCAGCGUAGUCUGCCCAGACCACGGAGCGUAGGGUACCUGAACAGCUUAGGCGGGCUCACCUGGAGCUGAUCUUGCUCGUGAGGGUGCAUAUUCGGGUUCCUCAGUCCCGCCUGUGCCCCUAUCCCCCACCUAGCCACAGAGAUGAAGCGACCCCGGACUUGGAAGUCAGCCAGUGCUCACCCCGAAUUUGUCGACGCGAGACUCGGAAGCAGUGGCGACCGCAAGGGCAAUGCGGCACAGUCGAACCACCGAUGCGACCAUGUCUCGUGCACUUGAUUCGGCACCUCGCGCCACGAGGAGACCAUCCGGUAUGUCCCCAACUGUAACUCUCACCCAGGGCGACGUGAUCCAGUGGCUGAUUGCCGUGACCGAAAACCACGGCCCGAAGCAACUGACAGCCCCCAAAAUCGCCACGCGCAUUCUCGCGUUAACAUCCAUGUUUGUCUUCGCUAUCGGCUGGGUCUUUGCACAUGUCGGACUGGAUAUCUACUCCAGCCCGUCGCGCGAUGAUUUCGUCAGCGGCCUGGAGGAAGAGUGCGCCCGCGUCUCUGAUGAAGAUAAAAAGAUCGCCACCAAAGAGGCCGCGGACGCCCUCUACCGACUCGACUCGGCGGUGCGCGAGUCGAUGCGCCCGAACGAUGCAAUGGUUCAUCUGAUGCCUCUGGAUGUGUGGAGUGGAGAGGGGAUCGAUCUUGGGGGCGGCAUCCGGAUCACAGCUGGCUCAGGGGUCCGCACUGUCUUCCCUGCACAAAUGGUGCAUAUGGAUCCGUGUAAGUACAAAGUACCGGAGCGACCCGAUGCGUUUCGCUUCUCUCGGGAGUUUGAUGAAGCGGAGAAUGCCGGAAGCCCGUCGCCGGCUGGAAAGAGAGAACUCAUGACCAACGUGACGGCCAAAUUCUUACCCCUUGGGUAAGGCAGAGAUGCCUGUCCGGGCCGGUGGUUCGUGGCGCACAUGGUAGAACGGUCAGUUGCGUAUGUGCUUCUGAACUACGACGUUGAGGUCACGAAGAGGCCGGGUAAGCGCCAGUCGCUGCUGAACUUUAUGCUCCCGCCAGAGAGAGCCGAGAUGCGUGUCAGGUGGAAGCACAGCUAGAUUCAAGGGGGGGGGCGGCCUUCGCUUUCUGGUCUAAUUAAUACCCUCUAUGCUGG